ACUCAAAAGCGCGGGAAAAUUAAAUCCGAUCGGAAUCAAAUAUUUCUUCGUAUUUUGAUUCAUGUUAGAUUAUUAAAAAGGUCAUCAUUUUAGAUUGAAAUAUUUAUUAUAAACGCAACAUAAGAUUGUAGAAAAAUCAUAAUAAAAGCAUUUGUUGUAACUUUUAUUUUCAUUUAUUUAUGUUCUAAAACAUUUUAGUACAAAACUCUUCGGCUUUUACUUUGUUAUUUGUUGUUUACAAUUGCGUGAGAAACAUAAAAAACAUCUUUUCAAAAAUGGAAGAAGGAUGUCCAAGAUGUAAGACUACUAAAUACCGCAAUCCAUCGUUAAAGUUAAUGGUCAAUAUAUGCGGUCAUACACUUUGUGAGAACUGUGUUGAAUUAUUGUUUGUUAAAGGAGCAAAUUCUUGUCCAGAAUGUAAUAUUCCAUUACGAAGAAAUAAUUAUCGAGUACAGUUGUUUGAUCCUAUGGUUGAGAAAGAACUUGAUAUACGAAGAAGAAUUCUUAGAGAUUUCAAUAAAAAGGAAGAAGACUUUCCAACAUUAGAAGAAUACAAUGAAUAUUUAGAAGAGAUCGAAGUUAUUAUUUUCAAUUUAUGUAACAAUAUUGAUAUUUUGGAAACAAAUAAGAAAAUUGAACAAUAUAAGAAAGAAAAUCGUGAUCAAAUCAUCAGAAACAAACAACGAAUGGGUAAAGAUGAAGUGGAGUUAGAAAUUAUUCUAGAACAGGAAAAAGAAAUGGCUGAAAUGAGAAAGAAAGAAAUUGAGAAUCUUGAAGAGUUAUCGAAAAAGAAGAAAACAAUUGAGAAAGAAAAAUUAAUUGAUGAGCUGAUGUUUAGUUCAGAAAAUGCUCAAUCUAUCCUUCAAACGUAUGCAAGCAAAGCUGAAGAAGAGAAGAAAGAACAAGAACUCGCUCCACCACCUCCAAAAGUGUCCAAAUUCUCUAGCGGAGUUAAAUUCUCGUCCAGUUUUCAACAAAAUUAUCUUCCAAUUCCAAAGGUUGAGGAAGGUCCACUGUACAAAUAUGAAGAGCCAGAAGUCGUGUUUAAUGGACCAGCUGUUCCCGCACUUGAUGAGAUUGAAGCUCGAAAAUAUACAAAUCACAUCAGAACUGAAAGUCCUGCAGAGAAAGCUGGAGGAUUUCAAAGUAAAAUUUCUUGUUUACGUGCACUUCAAGAAGCUAUGCAAGGCUUGUAUCCAUUCUAAAGAUUCUGUUUUAAUAAAUUCAGUGAAAAUAUUCGUUGAUCUAAUUAUUAAUUAUUUAUAGUUUCAAA